AGGAGCCCGUCAAGAUCCUCAACAUCAUCCGGCUGCAGGCUUCAGCUCUCAGCCGAGCGGACCUGGCCAGGCUGCCCGGGUCUUCACCCACCAGCAGCAGCCUCCCUGCCGCAAAUCUGGGCGACAUCAGGGACUGGGGAUAGUACAGCUCAUGUGUAAUAAUCCAGCCGUUUAUCUGUGGGUAUAAGGACGGGAGGACCGAGCGAUGUCUGCGCCGGGCUACACAAACCUGAACAGCUCCGUCAGCUACAGCCAGAACUCGACGCCGAACGGCGGAGCGGCGCCCCCCUAUCAGAACGGUACAGCAGGCCGGUGUUAUAAAGGAAAAUGUGUCUUUGUUAAUUGGUGACUCUCAGCUGAAUGCGUCUUUGGUUGUCGUAGUUACAAGAGUUGUUGAAGACGUCCACACGGACACCACUUAGUGUAGUUUUCUCCGUCUAAGCAUCUAAUGAGUAUAUCUUAAUGGUAGUUUGAAAAAACAAACCACAAUAAGAGGCAUUAACGAGAGGCUUUUUGUGUGAGCGUACCCUACGGCAAACACUGACAGUCAGCUGAAAGUCGCCAGUUUGCAGGGUCACUACUUUAACCGGAACAUCGGGUGAUGCGAUUAGCUACCGGGCUAACAUUAGCGUGCUAUCUCUAGGUGAUAUCAGAUUAGUUUGUCGAGGUUUAAUCUUUUAUUUUACUCUCAACAACAGCUACUUUAUAGCAGUCAUAACAGUUAAAUGUAUUAUCAUUUUUAGUGGCCGAAAAUUGGGAAAAAUGUGUUUCGGCAGAUGCUUGGUGCUAACACUAGCUAAGUUGAAGGCUAAGAAAGGUAUUGAACUGCCAUGGAGACAGCUAACGGUAGCCGUUAGCUAAGAACAAGACCUCAGGAUGACAGGUGGCGCAUUACCGUCUAAUAAUUUUUACUUAUUAUUACUCGUUACUUCUGGAUAUAUACAAAAAUAUUUGACUUUUACUGGUUGCUGAGCUGUGCUGUCAGGUGCUAGCUGGAUAUGAACCCCCUCACUGCUGAAGUAACAGAUGCUGAUGAAGUCUGUUGUUUACAGCCUCUGAUAGAUUAUCUCUGUCCUGGUCUUUCUUUGUCUUUGUGAGAUCAUUAACCACACAACAGUUGUACACUAAGCUCAUUGAAUGUGUGUAUUCUCUUCUCUCCAGGUCCUACACAGGCAUACCAAUCUAUGAAUCCACCUCCAGGCUGCUAUGGAGCCCCACCUCAACAACAGAGCUAUCCCACCACCCCUGCCCACUCCACUCCUGCUCCCGGUAAAGCAUCCAUUACGAAGAGUGCCCACAGUGCUAACUACUACCAGAGCAACCAUCAGCCACAGCAGCAGCAGCAUCACCACAUCCCUCAGCAUCAUGUAGCACCAUCUCCAUACAAUGUUCCUUCUUCUCAGUCAUAUGCCACACACCCCUCUUCAGGACCACCGCCAUCAAAUGCCCAAUACAACCAACAACAACAACAGCAGCAGCAACCUCCAUAUGCCACUCCAGGAUCCUACUAUGGACAGCAGCUGUACUACCCUCCCCCAGGACAGCACUCCUCGCAGCAGCAGCAGCAGCAGCAGCAGCAGCCCACUUUGGUCACAGCCCCCGCCAGUGGCCCUGGAGCUCCCCUUUACCCAAUUGUUUCCUACCCCUCUGCGCCAGGAAGUAGCCAGUAUGGCACCCUGAGCUCCACCCAGAGCACCUCAACACCUGGAGUCAUGCCGACCCAGAUGGGUGCACCUUUACAUCAGUACAACACCUCCAGGCCAGCCUCCACAACAGCAGUGCAGCCUGGGUACAACGCGGCUCCUCCUAGUCAGUUGGCACCAACAGUCAAUGGUCAGGGAAGCACAGGUAUGUAUAAUUAGUUGAAUUUAGACUUGAGUAAAGCUUUUGGCUUUAUUAGUGGCAAGUAAAACAUUGUGUAAGGGUUCCUUGAUGCCCUUUAAAUGUUCGGUCUCUUCCAAGGACCAUACAUGUGGGUCGCAGAUGUACAAGCAUAAAUGGUCAGUGUUUUCAGAAGUAGAAUGGGACGGAGGGGAUUAGGAAAUACUUCCUACCUCAGGAGACUAUGGUGGAGAAGAGUCCAGCUAAAGUGCAUUAGUGUUCCCGAAAGAGCUGAAUAUUUAGCUUUUUAUUAAAGGUAGGAAGGGACACCCCAGAUGCAAAAGAGUCGGGAAACUCUUUCCACCUCCAGGGAAGAGUCUGACGAGUGGCUUGGGACCCUGCUGUGAUGUGUCAUUGUGAUUACUGGCAGAGCAUAGAGCGGUAUAGGGCUUCCAGGCAGGUAGGAGCUGUUGUGAUCCUGUUUUACAAGCAAGAAGUAGGUUUUAAAUUUGAUGUGAGCAGCAAUUGAAAGCAGGUGAAAAGACGCAGCUUGGGUGCUGUUUUGGGUUGUGCUUCAUUGUGGAUCACCUGCAGAGGUUUAUGAUAAGGACUAAUGUUGGUUAGUGGAGGCAAACAUCUAUUAAACAUCUCUAAAUGUUUUCUUCUUUUUAUUCUUUCUCCAUCUUUUCUUUAAUUCAGCCCACCAACACUAUGACCAAAGCCAUCAGGCCUCUCUGAGUUACAACUCCUACGGCGGGGUCACUCACAGCAGUGGCAGCACUGAAACAGACCGACCGCCCUCAGGGACCCCCUCCACUUCAGUUCAUUCCUCACCGGGACAUCAACAAGGUAACAAAUCGUUUAGUGAGUAGGUUUUUUUGAAGGGCUCUUACACGUCACACACAAAGGAUGAAUCAGCUGUUUCACUGCUCUGUAGUGUUCCUGCCUCUGAGAAAUGACAGCUUGUAAAGUGAAGUUGUUGAAUGAUUGAACAGGGAUGUCAGCACUCGUCUGUUGAAUGCAUACAAAGUUGAACAUUUAUGAGCUAAAUAUGCUUUGCACUUUUCCUAAAACUAUGGGGAUGUUAUAUGUACAGCUUUGAGUCUGUGAAUGGUUUUAUGAUACUAGUGCAAAAAUAACACUACAUACUUGAAAUGACGACAAAAAAAUCAGUUUCCUGUUCUGUCAGUUUCAUGCUCUACUAAGGAAAGGCUUCUUUAGUCAGUAUAAGGUUAUCAUAGGAACAAAUUGAAGCUCGGUUUUGCUCAUUAUCUGGUGCACAUUCUUCCACAAGCCUUUUUUUAGACAUGGGGUUAAAAAUCCUGUUCUAAAAUUACUGUGCAAAUGUGUGGGAAUGGUUUUCAUGUUCACACCUGCACUCCUGCAUGUGGCACACAUAAUCUAUUACACACACACACACACACACACACACACACACACACACACACACACACACACACACACACACACACAAGUGUGCAGGUGUGAGAUUGUAUGUAAAUUUAAGAGUUUCAGGUUGGAAGUCAACAACCAGCUGCUGAGUUUGUGAGCUUUAAUGUCUGAACAUUUCCUCUGUCAUUUUAACCGGUUGAAACCGAAUGAAUCCUGCACCAGCUGCACCUGCAUUUAAUCAUUAUUUGAGUUGCAAAAACAAUGACUUUGCAUAGUGAUAUAGUGGUACAACGAUCUUUGCAGAUUUGUCAUUUCUAUGAUGAGUAAAAUGUGUGAGCGAGUUUUUCUCUCUCAGUCAUAUUAGCCUCAGGGAAGAAAAAAAAACAUGCAGAACAAUAGAAAUAAAACUCCAGAACAGACAAAGGCCACACCCCUCUUUAAAGGCUUUCAUUGUUGUAAAAGGUGUCCUAACUGGUUAAUUAGUGUCAAAUUAAACAGUGUGACUGUAAAGCUACUUAAGAAACAUAGACGACUGCGGCUGGUUACUUUAAGGACAUAACCUCUGCUUCAGCUUCAGGGCAGUUAAGGCCUCACACUGGCACACUUAAAAAAAACUUAAAUUACUCAGAUAUUCAAAGUCUGUUCUGAUUGUUUGUGCACAGUUUUGUCUGUGAACAAAAGCAUUCUUGUCCUCAACAUGUAUAACUAGUGUCUUCUGACCAAAAACCUCAGAUAGCUGUCUUUUAACUUUGAAAUGUAUGAUUUAUUGUGAACAUUUUGUGUGGAAAUAGUAAACACAGGGCUGUCUCUGUAGCUGCUUAGCUGACUCCUGCCCCCUCACAAAGAUUUAAGACGUUAAAAUAACAGAUGACAAUUGUCAACCUUGUCUUAAAUGGUCUUAUAUGUUUUCAUACACCAUAAAAAUACAUUAGUUUGAAUUUCAGGUGCUUUAAAUGAUAUGACACAAAUACCAAAGUCGUUUUCAUUGUUUGUGAAAAGUGAAAAAUUUCUGCCUGUAAGUCAAAAAGUUAAUUUCAGACCCUGAAAUGACCCUUUUAUAUGUAAAUGUUGGUUUGGAGUAAAUGCGAAGCAGCACGCCUUAAUGCAAAACAUGCUGUCAUUGCUGACCCUGUCUGUGCCAGAGGACAUGACCAGUCCUGGAUCAAAGUCCAGCUAUGUUCUGCAUGAAGCCAUCAAAUGAGGCCACAAGGAGGGCUUAUUUUUUUUAUGCAUCACCCCAAUUUCUUGAAUAAAAGCAACAUUUUAGGGUGAAUUUCUUUUAAAAUGGCAGCAAAAAAGCUUUUUAGACCAAUGUUGCUUUGAUGUAAAUAAACAUCAUGGAGAUUUCAGCCGGUUCGUGUUUAAUGUAAUGAUGUUCAGACUCAACCUUUAUGUUCACAGUUAUCCUCUUGUUGGAAACAGCUUUUUUAAAAACACAUUUAAGUUUGGAAAUCAAAGUUGGGACUUUAAUUUUGUUAUUGUCAUGGGUGAAAAACAAAAAAUCUCAACCUUCUGUUUAUCAUGAACCUCAAUUUCAUCCAGUGUAGCAAAAUCGAACCCUCCUCUGGGUUUAGGGAGUAGUUUCUUCAGCCCUCUCUUGUAAUUUGAGAAAACCAUCUGCUACUUUUACCAAAUAAUGAAAGACUUGAUGUCAGUUAGUGUAUCGCCUGAGCCCCGCCUCCCUGUCUGCUGUCAAUCAUUAAAAAGUCUAGAAAGUUUUCUGAUGUUCCUUUCCCACCCCUCCCCCCUUCCAACAGGCGUGCAGUACGGAUAUGUUGCUAAUAGUGGAGCUAGCUCUGCCCCCGCCACCACCUCAGGCCCAGCCGCAGCCCCCUCGUCAUCCAGCUCUGAGGAUGAGGAUGAUGAUGAUGAGGAGGAGGAUGAGGAAGCAGGUCUGCUUUAGCUUUUACUACCUCAGUCGCCCCUCUCCAUCCCUACAAAGUCAUUCAGUGCUUUUAAACUUUUUCAUCCCCAUUUGAAGACAGAAAUGCGCCUCUUCCUCCUGUUUUCAUGCUCUUUGUCACUCUUACUCCACCUGUGGACAUGUCUUAUCAUCAUUUAAAUCUCCACCUCUCUCUGAAAAGCUAAUCAGAUCAUUCCUCCCCUCCCUGCUGCCUCUUCACCACCUUUUCCUCACGCAGUCAUCCCGCUGGGCACUGGACCAUCUCUUAAUUCUGUCUCUAAUCUGCUCUGUUGUUCCGUCAUUGAAAACUGACGUUUCAUUUAGUCUCUCACUAAGUUGUGAGGUAAGUGGGCCACGCCUGUCUUUAGCAGCUCUGGCUAAGUUCACCUGCUUGUCUUGAUUGUCAUGCCGUGGAGGGAGCACGCUGUCUUGUUGUCCGUCACUCAGUAGUCUUCGGGAUCUGAUGAUCCCUCUGUUAGUUCUCCUCUGUUUACCAGCCGCAGCCAAACUCUGAAUACUGAUAGAAAGAAAAGUCAUGAGCUUUAUUUCACUUCUUUCUGGCUGACCCUUCAAGACCUCAGAUUACUGUGGAAUUACAUGAUAUUUAACUCGAAAGAUUACACUCAGCUGUUAUACUAUAAAACUCUGAGAUGUUUGCAGCUGAAACAAAUAACUGUUACACCGAACUUUAGUCAGCAAAAGUUCAAAUAAAGAUCAAUAAUCUGUCACAUUUAUUGAAAACAAAUGCCUGAUUAUAGUCUCUGAAAUGCAGGAAUUUCUUCUUUUUUCCCCCUGGUUUUAAAAAAAAGGAUUAAAUUGAACUCUUAUAAAUUUAAUCUAGUGUUUUCAAACAGGGCCCGACAGAUUUAUCGGCGAGCCGGUUAAAUCGGCCAAUUUUAGCCUGUUUGAGACUAAUUGGUAAUUGGCCAAAACUCGCAGAUUUUCGCCAAUAUUUCCCCCCGCCCCAAAAAAUCCACAUCGGUCGGGCCCAAUUUUUAAAUGGACAACCACCCAAACUUUCAAAAUAAAAGUGCAUGAAUGCUCCAUUUUUAACAACAAUAAAAUAAAGUAGAUUGUAUAACUUAAGCUUCAAUUAUUAAAGUUCAAAAUAAAGAGAGAAAUUCAACAUUGGCAGCUUGUAAAAUUCAUGUAAUCACUGAAGUUUUGCAUCAACUUUUAAACGUCUUACCCCAGAAUACUCCAAACAACUUUGGUUACUUUGUUUAAGUAGAAGCUGUUGGUGGAAAUACCUCAAAAAUGUCUUCUACUUCAUUUAAGAACAUUUAACCAAUCCUGAUAAUGCUAUAAAUCAUUUAACCGCCGGGAAUAAAUCAACAGAAAAGCUGCAACUUGUUGGAUCGGCAUCAACAUUAGUCACCUAUUUUUUUUAACUUUGUGAAGCCCUGAAUAAAUAUCUGCUUUUGAAUAACACUCAAGAGAUCAACCCAUCAGGCAGUUGUAAGUGCAGCAGAUCAAAUCUGCUUUUAAUUGUGAAGAAUGAAGCUAAACAGAGGCCGAAAUAUUUAAAAAAAAAACAUCAUUUGCAGCUCCAAUAGUGUUAAUCAGUAAAUGGCCUUUUAUGUUAUUGUGAGACACAAAAGUGUUGACUUAAAAAGAUGCUUAAAAGUUGCACUCCUCUGUACCACCUUUAAAAGAGUGAAUGAGCUGGAUUCAGAUCCAGAUUUUGGUGUUUUUGUGAAAUGAGACUCUAACAGUACAGUACUGUUCUUGAACAGUCUGUAGCCCAUCUGUGUGAUGUACCACUGGGGUGUUCUGCUGAUAACUUUCCCUAAGGAGCUGUGUCAUCAGCCAGAGGUUAACAGGGUUUUAAAUAUAAACGCUCCCAAGCCGUCAGGUCCCAGCUCUCUGGGUGUGUUUGCUGACUGUCCCGGUCCCUGAGUGAACACGAGCAGAGGAGACUUUGUCCACGGUUAGCACUUAUUUACACGACUGUAAAUACAAUCAGGAGCCUGUUUUAGCAGCCAGUCUUCCCCCAUGUGAUUCUGCCGGCUGUCUCUUAGAUGCAAUAAAAUGCACAACAUGAAUUCCCAGAUGUCGUUCGACCUGACACCUAUUCUCCCUGUAUCACUUCAAAUUUAAUGGAUUUAAUGAGGAAAAGGUUUUAUAUUUGUUGAUUUCUUUAUUUGGUGAUGAAAUCUUCAUUUAGACGCCCUUGUCCUUACUUUUUUCCAGAACCUGAAGAAAUCUGCUUAACGGAUAAAAUGUCAAUGUCUUUAUAGUCAAAGGCUGAGCAGACUCUAUGAAUCACACACAGACUUUUUCAUCUUUCUUGCGUUUGUCCUCGUGUCCCUUUCCCAAAUCCUGCUGAGUCACCCUGCAGCCUGUCCCACAACAAUAAACUCGUCUCACAUUAAUGACACACCGCCGUGCACCUGUUGUCAUGGCAGUGCCGUUGAAGCUUAACCCAUUUAUCUGAGUACAUGCUGCAUCUCCUCAAAGUACACUAAAUGUGGGCUCUCUGGAAAAAUCUAGAGACUCUUGCAGCUUCUUCCUGUCCGCUCACACUGACUGCAGAAAAUCAGAUCAGUGUGAAUUGCUGGAAACAGAUUGGAGAGGGGGACACUGUCAGCAAGUAUGAAUGGAGCUUCAAUUAUCAGUCAGGGUGACCCCAGCCUGAAGGUAACUGAAGUGGGCUUGUGACUUAAAGUCCUGAGACCAGUAGCAGAGAGUUUUAAGAAGUUAAAAACCUCUGUGUCUACUGUAUGAAUGUUUACAGUCGUGUUAUUUCUGGGAGCUUCCCUUGACAGAAGUAAGAGGCAGAGGAGACAGUGGAAGAAUCCUGGUGGAGGUGGACUAAGCCAUCUAGGUUUCCUCCUCCUCCUCCUCCUCCUCCUCCUCCUCCUCCUCCUUCUUCUUCUCUAGAGGAGAUAAUCCAGUAGUCCAUUUAGUUGGAGGUAAUUGGAUCCCGUCCCGUCCAAUGAGCUCUCCGCCACAGUCCUUUUCGUGUCUUGGUUUGCUAUAGCUGAUCCCUCCUUUCGGCCAGCAUGGAUUAAAACGGGUUCAUUCAAAUUUUCUACCCAUGUAAUCCUUCUGAAAAAAAUAUUCAUGAGAGAAAAACAGGUCCAUAAUGCAAUGCAUCUACAAGACUUUAUUUGGGAGGGAUUAUUUUUUGAUUUAUUUGAUAGAGUACAGCGGAGAAUCAGAGAGGAGGUGUGAGGACAGUGAGAGAGAAAGAAAGUGGGAGGAUGUGUCUAACCAGGACAUUAUGAUGGCAAAGUAAGCUUCUAAGGCGUCAUUCAGACUGGAAGGCUAAAGUGGGCAGAGAUGUGAAUGUUUGUACUCACAUGUGACUCAGGAAACACUGAUCACAUGGAGUCUGAUCCUCCCAACCCUAAAUUUGACCUCUGUCAUAUGAGGCAUCAAUCUGGGAAAAGAGUGAUUUCCACUUUGGCUUCAGUCGUGUUAGCGUCACUUUGGGUCAACAUUCAUCACAACUUUGCAAUAAAGCGUCAUAGUUAGAGUGAUAGUCAUUUUGAGCAUGUGAGUAGGCUCAGUGUAGUUCAAGACUUCAAUAUUGUUGGAUUAAGGCAAAACUUGUCUAAACAUUAAAGGGAUAUUCCGACGUAAAAUUAAUUUAGGGUCAAACACAACGUAACACUGAGUUAGACACCCCCCCCCCAAGAGAUGAAUGUUGCCGACUGCUUGCUUCUCUAGUUAUACCAACUUUAGUAGCGACUGCAGGGGGAGCCCUGACGAGUCGAUCACCGAGUGCAGCGGAUCAUUUCCUUGAAGUAAUAAUCAUCAUAAUAAUCAUUUUGCACUGCAGACGCGGUAGUUCUUCUGCCUCAACGUCUCGGUCUGAUUGCAUUUCCUUAAAAAAACAAUCAUAAAUUUUCUUCCUUGAGCUGUGAAACUCUGCUGCACUUGAAAUCAACUCAUCAGGGCUCCCCCCACAAACAAGUGGCUGCUGGAGGAGAGUGGGUGAGUUGUGUUUGGUCUCUUUGCUAAAGAAAUCAGGUGAAGUUAAAAAGAUGUUUGGUGGCUAGUACUAUGGCUGGGACCCUAUAUGUUGAUGUACAUCGACUACUAUAGAGUGGCGUUUUGGUUGAGGUUUGCACGUGGAGACAUAGACCGCUGUGUAUUGCUAUUGUGCGGUCGUUACUAAAGUUGGUAUAACUAGAGAAGCAAGCAGUCGGCAACAUUCAUCUCUGGUAGGGGUGUGUAACUCAGAGUUACGGUGUGUUUGACCCUAACUUAAUUUUACGCCGGAAUAUCCCUUUAAGAGCCUGUGUCCACUGACUGCGAACUCUUUACAUUAAACUAUUAGAGUUAAUCAUUUCAGGAUUCUGGGUCCAGUUUCAUGUGUGGAUAUUUUAAGUUAAGAAGAAGUUAAACACAGAUUCCUGUCGUAUAAAGAGAUUAUCGAACCAAACCACCCAUUCUAUUAUCUUCAUGGUUACCUUUGCUUCUUUGCUUCCCUGACCUCCAUAUUUUCGUCUUUAGAGGCUUUCACUUUCCUCCAUACAUCCACAUGUCAUCUUUUGGGAGUCUUAAGUGCAUCCUCUCAUCGUGUUCUCUUCACUCGUCUUUCCUCGGGGAGUCUGAACACAGCACUCACCACGGCUAAACAAGAAACUUAUUUUUUUCAUCCUUUCAUUCCACUAAUGUUUUGUCUUGUUUCUCUCCAUCUUAAGCUCCUCUUCUCCUGUGUUUUAUCUCGACCCCUUUCCUUUAAUAUAAGUAAUUCUAUUAACAUCUCAAACCUCUCCAGCUUUUGCUCUUUUCAACUUUAUUUGAUCAAUCCCAAAGGGCCUGUCGGACUGUUUCAUCUCUUUUCUUUCUGUCUCCAGUCCUCAAUCAGUCUUUGAUUUUUAAUUCUGCUUUUAAUUGUCUCCAUGUCUCUCUCAGGUGGAGACACAUCAUCCUCUUCUACUGGCAGUGCCUCUCCGGUGCCCAACAGCUAUGAUUCCCUGGAAGGAGGCAACUUUCCGGGUAUGAAAUAAUCACAGAUAACUACAGAUUUCACUAAGAUGUUGUCGCAUUGAUAAAGAUAGCGGACAAGAGGUUGUCAAAGUCUUUAAAACUUCAAAAUGAUCCAAUAUCUGUUGUUUUUGUAUUUGAUCGCAUUGACAGUAAGGCUCGUGUGACACAUAAUUUGGAGCUGAGGCCAGGCAGAGAGAGGGGGCUGCAGUGGUCGAUUAACAUCGAGAUAAAGUGAAGAGCGAAUGUCAGAAAUGACGGCUUACUUCCUGACAGUUUCACACCAGUUAUGCUUUAAAAGUCAAACACACCUGCAGUAAAGCACAAGGAGGGGGCCGGAUUUGGUUUGCUUGCAGCUGAAGUCCUGCUUCUUCCUGCCUGCUGUGUGUCAGGCUGCCCUGGUACAGUUCCACCAACCAAAGGGCCAUGUUUGCUUCAGUACAGUGUGGUCCUGUUUGGUAUGGUAGACCCUGAUCCACAGCAGACUGUGCAUCACCCAGACACUUCAUGCAGGAAGCGCGUUGGCUGCGUGGCAGCCUUGAAUGGCUUAACUUUUGGCGUGCAUGGUAGCAGAUUGGACCGCCGAGGUGAGAAGGGCACCUCAUCCGAUUUAAUUUUUUUUUUCCACAAGCCACGCAGAUUUCAGCCAAAACUCCACAUAAAUAAUAAACUGAGGGCUGUAUUCACUCUGUGCCAGCCAUGAAAAAUAUACUACGAUUGUAUUCCCACUAUUUUUUCUUCUCCUCUUGUUUUCACACAACCUCUUAUUCUGAAGUCUUGUCCUGGACAGUCUUUUAUUCAAGCAUCUGAACUUUUGUUGGAAAAAGUUUUAAUUAAUUAAAUCACACUGGCUGUAGGUGAACGAUGUUGGUCACUUAACAACAUAGGAAAUAAGUAAGACAGUAGAUAUAUCAAAUCAAAUCAGGUUAAUAGAGAUGUAAUUCAGUGUUAUCUCUCAUUUUCACCCCUUUAGUCUGCAGAUUUCUUUAACAUUAACUCUGUUUUUCAGACUCCAUGCCCUCCUCUAACGACAUGACCAACCAGGCUGCGUCCUACGGUAGCUAUGGUUACUCCAGCAUGCAGCCAGCCUAUCACCAGGGGCCUGCCUCCCAUGCUGACUCCUCCCCCUCUCAUGAUCCGUACGGACAGUCCAGUUACCAGCAGUAUUCCCAGGUGAGGUCGCAGCCUUCAUGAACCUGACUCUGAAUGUUUUGAUGUUUUUGUUUUUCUGUUUGCUGGAUCCCUGGAUUUCUCACCUGAGUUUAAAAAGUGCAGGGGGAGACAUCUUGAGCAUAUCAGUUGAAAUAUAUAGUUUCACUCUUCUAAAAACUGUAAAAUCACAUUAAAAAGGUCUGCCACUAAUCAUUUAAUAACUGCUGAUCAAAUUGCAGUCAGCCCUGAUCCUUAUAUUUUCAGUACGGCUGUGACUAACGCUCAUAUCUGAAAUCCUCAACCUGUCUGUCUGUCUGGCUGCUGCAGCUGCUUUCUUGCUUCGUAGUUAAACCGCUCCUGAUUUAUCACAGGAAUAAAACCGGUUAUGUCUCCCUUCUCUCUCUACAGCCGUUUCCAAACCUUUCCCAGCUGUCUGCGGCUCUGGGGGGGCUGAGUGGGGUACCUGAGCUCGAGGUAGAGGCCCUGAGGCCGGUCAACCUGCUGCAGGAGAGAAACCUGCUGCCACCCAGACCCUUAGAAGCCCCCGAACCGAACCUCAGUCCCGAGCUGAAGAAAGUCAACUGCAGCCCACAGUGAGUAAAGAGCAGACAGUUCAUUAUGUAACUCUUUUUAACCACCUUAUUUUUAACAUUUUCUGAGUUAUUUCGAAAUGUAGAGUGAGCGAUGUGGAAAGGUGUGAAAGAUAACUGUGUUUCCAAGGUGUGAAAAUCUCUCUGGUUUGAAAAUACCUCUAUUUAUGAUGAUAUUUCAAGAUUUGGUUCAUUUUUAGAAUCUUUUUCGCUCACACUAAAUUUCUCAAGUUUUCUGUCUGUGAAAUAAUUCUUAUGUUUUCUUGUUCAUCAGGACCUUCAGGUGCACCCUGUCCAGCAUCCCACAGACCCAGGCUUUACUCAACAAGGCCAGGCUCCCCCUGGGCCUUCUCCUCCACCCCUUCAGAGACCUCCAGGUAAGAUCUGCUGCCACAAAACUAGAAAAGAAAGUGGGAUAUCUGGACAUCAACUUUUUUAAACUUGUGCCCAGUGAUUUUUCUUUGUUAAAUACUCUCUGGUACAGUCUCAUAGAUGAAUUAGAUUAGGAUAUGUUAAGAUAAUCUGGAUGUAUUUCUCUUUAUCUUCUACAGCUGAAAGAUCUUUGGGGACGCGACCAGGCGCAAAUAUAUUUUAAUUUAAAUUUGAUUCUUCUAGACUGAGGGGAAAAAAAAACAUAAUUAAAACAUUUCUAUUUCAAAAAAGCUGAGGCUGCCACAAAAACAAAAGAUUUUAAUUUAAAUUGUCCACCAUUGUUUUGAAAUUUGUCCAAAUAUUGUGCUACUUGGUGUUUUUGUUGCCGUCACACUGUAAUAAAAGGCCUUCAGUGGAGGCUGCUUCUCCUGGAAAUGCUUCCCCUUUAAAGUCUCUCACCUGUUUGACAUUUUCUGAACAGACCUCUGAAGGUUAUGUUCCUUAAAAAUACUCCAGACCUGUGCAGAGAAGACUGUAACCAUUCAGGGGAGCAGCCAAUAGUCAGGUCUAUACCCAUCAAGCCUGCAGGAUUUGGUCCACCAUUAAAUAAGUCUGUCAGGAUACUGAAUAUUUAGGAUCCUGGAGCCACAGCUGUCUCUGCCCUUCGCUCUCUCACAUAAAUUUAACAUGUAUCUUCGUUAGACGUCCAUAGGGACUUUAUAAAACACUGACCCAUGAAUGACAACAGUUUGGGUGUUAUGUGGGCUUGAUGGAGAGCCCACACAACACCUCUGUUUUGCUCCCAGCAGCUCUAGGUUGAAAAUAUGACUAUAGAUCUUGUUUUUCGUGAGCUUUGAGUCUUUUAAAUCCCAGAAAACGUACAAAUAUUGUGUCAAUUUAAAGCAGUAAAACACAUUUUCAACCUGAGCAGUGAUGUUCAGUUCAUACCGUCUUUGAAGUGUUUGUGAAAAGCCGCAGCAGUGAGAGCGUGAAUGUCAGGAGGAGGGAUGUGAUUGUGGGCGUAUUAAUAGAAGUGUUGGCUGAUUUGCCAGAAGGCAUGAACUGAUAAAGUAGAGGGAUGCACUGAUACCACAGGAGAAAGCAGCGAAACGAUGGUGAUGUGGAAGGAUUCAGUGGUAGACAGGAAAAGGUAGGUUAUGGUUCGAUUUAUAAAAACACGGUACAGCAGAGUUAUUGGACUGACGCUGAAAAGUGGAGCCGCAAUCUUUGGUGGCUAAAAUGCACAUUUAAUUUUCUGCUGUCAUAUGAAAUGCCUGAAACUAGGGCUGGGCGAUAAAUGGAAAAUUUACUGAUACCAAAAUUUACGACAAUAACCAAUGUCAUUUUGCGGUUCAAAAGUUGUAGCGGCUGAAGUAGAUGUGGAGUAGUUAUCGUCCAUUUAUCGUUAUCAAGGUGAACUGAUCAAUAUAUUGUGAUAUUGAUAUGUGGCCAUAUCGCCCAGCCCUACCUGAAACUCAACAGCUGCAGGUUUAGCAAUUUUCACUCUGUACUUAUUUAUGAGACAUCUGCUCUUUAGCACAAAACUCAAGCUGGGUUCACCUUUUUGUCUUGUAAGCUUUUGCGUGAAUGUUUGGUUAAAGAGAAAUAUUCAACAGAACAGAGUAUGUGUUAGAAAUCAUGUAUAUGAAAACAUUAGAGCUCUCAGGUACACCAACAGGAGAAGUCUUUGAGGAACUGUGACAGAAACAGGAAGGACAGGGACUCUGAAAUGGGUCAAACAAAGAUUACAGUUGCAUAGAUUUUCUCAUCCAGAUUCUCCAAGAGACAGAAACAGAGCGUCAGCUAUUCAGCCGAGACAUGAAUAGAGGAAUCUUUGAAAAGGUCACGGCUGGAAAAUUGAGGCGAGGGAGGAAAACUUGGCUCGAUAUGUUACAAGUACAGCCCACGAGAUCAUUUCUUCUCUCUUUCUUUUGUUUUUUUUACUGAAUUUCUUUCCCUAUUUUCUCUCUGUCUCCCUCUGCAGCAGCUACCGGUGAUCACGUCAAACACGAUCGUGCGCUGCCGCUCCUGUCGCACCUACAUCAACCCGUUUGUCACCUUCUUGGACCAGCGCAGGUGGAAGUGCAACCUCUGCUACAGAGUCAACGAUGGUGAGAGUCCAAUCAGGAGUCAAAAAGGAUGCCUCUGGUUCCACUUAGUCUCCAGGUUUUACACCUUUUGUUUUUCUUACUUGUUCAGUUCCAGAUGAGUUCAUGUAUAACCCGGUCACACGGUUGUAUGGCGAGCCACAUAGAAGACCAGAGGUCCAAAACGCCACAGUGGAGUUCAUCGCCUCGUCAGACUACAUGGUAAAUAUUCCUCUUUUUCUUAUAUUUUAAGUUGGAUGAACAUUUUGUCCACUAGAGGGCAGUCUUGUUUGAUGUGUAUUGUCUUUGAUUUGCCAGAUAAAAGAAAAAAUCAACAUGUAGACAAAAACUCUUUAAAUUAAACGGAUAAAACACAGAUUUGCAUCAGUCUAUGUUGUUUCUCUUGUGUGUCCAGUUGCGGCCCCCUCAGCCGGCAGCAUACCUGUUUGUUCUGGAUGUUUCUCACAAUGCUGUGGAGGCAGGUUACCUGAAGUACUUCUGUGAUUCACUGAUGGAGAACCUGGACAGGUGAGGGAUUGAUAAGUAGUAAAAGCCAGAACUGUUAUUUUGACUCAUUUCCUUUUUAAGUUUUUCAACUAUGUGGUUCUCGUUUUGUUUUUGCCUCAGGUUACCCGGGGAUUCCCGCACCAGGGUGGGCUUUCUGACCUUCGACAACACAAUCCACUUCUACAACCUGCAGGAGGGGCUGUCUCAGCCGCAGAUGCUGGUGGUGUCAGAUAUAGACGGUACGUCUGAGCGCUGGAUCUUUGUCUUUGGUCUCAGCUGAAGUCUGGUCAACAUGAGUCUGGUUCUGCUCGAGGUUUUGGCUUCUAAAAAAAGAAGUUCUUCCCUGCUGCUGUAGUUUACUUACAGAAGAUUGAAUCCCGUUUUUGUAAACCAUACAGUCAUUUUUGUAAAGCAUCCUAAAAUAACAUUUGUUGUGAAUUAGCCUCAUGUAAAUGAUCCUGAUUGAUAAAGGGAUUUUUUCUCUGUAAACAGUAGGUGGCAGCAUUGUUUAAAAAAACUUCAGUGAGUCCUGUUUCAGCCUGUCCACCAGAAAACUGUAUUAAAAUUUGCAGAUAGUUUUAAGAACUAUGAACUAGAAGAUGAGGUGAAUCAGCUUUAGCUUCAGCUUGGGCGCAAAAAGAAGGAAAAAAAGGUCUAAAAAUGAGAGCUAACAUAUUUUUACAACAGAUCUUACCUCCAAGUGUAUUUUAGAUAACCUGAUCCGUCUCCAGCUGUGUUAUAUCUCCAAUCCAAGAGACUCUGUGUCAUCAUCAUACAGCCCUCAGUCCUGACGGAUGUCUUAUGUGUCUAUUUUUUUACUUAUUCAGAGAGGAUAAAGCUAAAUCUUUCCUUCUGUAAGGAUUUCUUUAUCAUUAUUCCUGUGAUGCUUGAAUUGUGCAGGUGCCAAACUGUAAUUGUGCUCCGUUUCUUGUGUUUUUAAUGAAAUGAUAUGAAGAUCUUCCAGCCGUAACUUUGAUGAAUGUUUUUUCUUUAUGUUCCUAGACGUCUUCAUACCGUCUCAUGACAGCCUCAUGGUGAACCUGAAAGAGAGCAAAGAGGUAAACUCUUCCUCCUCCUCCUCCUCUUCACAUCACGCCUUCAGCCUCUUAUCCUUUCCUCUUAUUUCCAUCAAUCUGAAUUUAAUUUCUUUGUCUCUUCAGCUGGUGAAGGACCUGUUAACGUCUCUGCCGGCUAUGUUCAGCCAGAGCAGAGAGACCCACAGCGCCCUCGGCCCGGCUUUACAAGCUGCCUUCAAGCUCAUGUCGCCCACAGGGGGCCGCGUGUCCGUGUUUCAGACACAGCUGCCGACACUGGGGGCUGGUGCGCUGCAGUCGAGGGAAGACCCCAACCAGCGCUCCAGCAGUAAGGUGAGGAAGGAGAAGAUUUGCAAUUCAGGCACUUUGGGUAGCGGUUUUAUUUUUCAGAAACGUUUUACCAUCUUUAACAAAAUCAAGAACCAACUUUUCAUAUUUCAUAUCAGUUGGAUCCUUCGUGAUAGCUGUCGUUAAGUUCCCUGUGAUUUAUGAAGCUUAAACCAAACCAUAUGACAGAUGAUAUAAAGCCAACAAAUAACUCUCCCCCGCCCCUCAUCCACUAGAUUUAUACUGAUUGUUUUGGCGUCGUAUCUCUCAGCUUACAAAGCUGUGUAUUUGUCAUCCCAGGUCUGUGAUUUAUGGAUCUUGAUCUUCUCUGGUCUAUUUUUGACCUGAACAAACUGGCGGGGAUGUCCAAAAAAAAUGUGUAAAAAUAAAGCAAACGGAGAACAGAUGUACUUUCUUCUCCGUGAGCAUGAUUUUGUGUUUUUAGCUUCUGAGCUUUCUGGAGGAUUUUGGGCUGGAGAUGAUAGAGAAUAUACUUCUGACAGACCCAUCUAUGAACAGAUCACUCCUUGAACAGCCGGCCUACAGUACUCUCAGUCUGCGUCCUUACCACAUCAUAAAUCAUAUUGUUGCCACUUAAGUUAAAAAAAAAAAUGCAGCCAGAGUAUCCAAUAACACAGGAAGCUUUAGGGAAGGUAAUACCACAUAAACAUGUCUGCUUCCUUAUUUUCACAGGGAGUUCAGCACCUCGGCCCGGCCACAGACUUCUAUAAGAAACUGGCGCUGGACUGCUCGGGUCAACAGAUCGGGGUUGAUCUCUUCCUGCUCAGCUCCCAGUAUGCUGACCUCGCCUCAAUAUGUAAGUAGCCCUGAGUCAUUGGGUAGAGUUCAAGAGGUCAAACCAAAAACAAUAAACUGAGAGGCCGUGGGUGGACUGUAUCAGAGGAAUCCAUUAAAAGAAGUCUUUAGAGAAUCAGCAGAGACUUUGGGGUUAAUGAAGACAAAGAUUCACAGCUAUGAGGUUCCUCGUUCUUUAUACAAAACCAGCAGUUUUACAGCUCAGUUUCUUCACUGCGUUCACAGUUGUCUCUGUAGAGAUCGAUUCAACUUUUGGUACGCAAACAUAGCUGUCUUUUUCACUCACAAAACUGUUGAAAAAAAUGACCGCCAUUGACCUGACUCUGAAAUCACAGAACAAAAUUGUCGAGCUGAUGCAAAAAUCACUGAAAGCUGAUGACUUCAGACCUGACAAAACUGUGACCGCAGACUGAAUGUGAAAAUCCUCUUAUAUCUGAUGACUGUGGACUAGAUCUAGACCUUGACAGGAGCAGACUUGGCACAGAAAUUAUAGAAAUCUGUUAUGACUGCAGAUUUGACUCAAAAAUUCGAGGACCGUGGAUCUGAUGCGGAAACAUCCGAGUCUGAGGAUGUGAAAUCCCAUUUGAUCUGAAGUAUACAAAACAGACUUAGCACCUUCCACCAAGCAUAAGUGAAGAAACACAAGACAACUUUGAAGCGCUUUGAAAUUGAGGGUAUGGCCUCUCUCAGUGCAAAAGAUGACGUCAGUGGACACAGGCCCUAAUAGUGAGCUCAGAAUUAGAGCAUAAAAACAAGUCUUGUGAUAGUUUUGUAAAAGUUGGGCUUGGAGGACUGAAAUUGACAUUCAUGCCUCAAUAUGACCCACCAAAGAAAACAAGACCAUCAAGAACAAGAUGAACGAUUUCACUGAAGUUAUUUAGCUCGAGUCAGACCGGGAAAGUUCUCACUCACUGCUCCAACAGCCUUCUUUCUACAUUUUUCACAGCAUCGGUUUACAGUAAGUGAUGUUUUCAGUGUGUUGACAUGUCACAAAUGUUUGAAAUGGAGUUCAUUUGAAACAAAUCAGCACAAAGUUCCUCAUUUUUUCACGUGUGAGGAUCUGCAGUAGGACUUCUACAGAAGUUAAAGAGCCACUUUGAGAAGUUUCUUUCCCCCGUUUCCAUAAGUGGGAAUAAAGGAGUAAGUUUCUUCUUCUUUCUUUUUCAGCAUGUAUCUCCAAGUAUUCAGCGGGCAGCAUCUUUUACUACCCCUCCUUCCAUUACAUCCACAACCCGGCUCAGUUAGAGAAGUUCCAGAAAGAUCUGGAGCGAUACCUCACCAGGAAGAUCGGCUUUGAGGCGGUCAUGAGGAUACGAUGCACUAAAGGUAAGUGGGUCGCCGCAGUCGGACUCACAAAGACGCUCUGUGUUCAUGCUGAGUGUCGAAGUUUCUCUUCUGUGUUUGUUUUUUUAAAGGAUUUUUUUCUAACAUGUGCGCUCGCCCUCAGGUUUAUCCAUCCACACCUUCCACGGUAACUUCUUUGUGCGAUCUACUGACCUUCUGUCCCUGGCUAAUGUGAACCCAGACUCUGCCUUCGCUGUCCAGAUGUCAAUUGAAGACUCUCUGGCAGACUCGUCUCUGGCCUGCUUCCAGGCUGCUCUGCUUUACACCUCCAGUAAAGGUACACAAACAAACACCCACAAUGUUUGUCAUGUCGGGGAAAUCUGUGCGGAUCAGUGAUCAGAGACUGUCAACGUUUCCUUAAGUCCUGGGAAAGAGCCUGCCGUCUUUUUAGGCUUUCCCCUGUUUUUUUGUAUUUGACGCAGUGUUAUUUUGAAGCAAGACUCCUAAAACGUGUGAACUCUUUUGUUAGAUUUCUUCAAAUAAACGAAGGGUUCGAGUUGUACAAUAAAAGGACUGUCUUCAGAGCACAAACAGUGUCAGCAGAUCAAAAUGUCUUGAGGCAAAUUUUUGCCGACCUGCUUUUAUCCUUGAAAACGUGUUUCCUUCGUACAACCCUGUGAUGAUUGGAGUUUGAACUUGCGCUCCUCUGUUCACCUCUGUAGGAAAAAGGCGAAUUCGAGUCCACACUUUGUGUCUGCCGGUCGUCAACCAGCUGAGCGACGUGUACGCUGGAGCUGAUGUCCAGGCCGUCACCUGUUUAUUAGCCAACAUGGGUGAGUCUCGGCGAAGAUACUAUUUACAGGGUUCCUAUACUUGAAUUUCCAUACUUUUCCAUACCCUCAUUUUUAGAAUGACUUUUAGAAGAAUACCUUCAUUUAGAUUUUAGAAAAUAGUAUUUUAGAUCUGUGGUGAUAGUCUGGAAACAUAAAUAUUUUUCCAUACUUUAUUUUUCAUUUUCCAAAGACCUGGAAAUUGAUCAAAUUUAUUCCCAUACGUUUCAUACUUGCAUAGGAACCCUGAGAUUUGAUGCUUUUUUUCAUACUUCUGCUUUUCAGAUCCACAAAUUUGUCCUUCAUAUCUUGAGGGUAACACUUUGCUAGACACCUAUCUUUAUAACACAUUAUAAAUAUAUGUAUAAUGCGUUAUAAUCAUGUUAAAACACUGUAUAACUAUAGUAAUAAACACUCAUAAAUGAUCAUAAUGCUUUAUAUCAAUAUUAAUAACACAUUAUAAAGCAUUUUAUCAUGACUUACAAGGUCAAGUAUUAUAAUAAAUGUGUUAUAACUGUUAACAACAGCUGCAUUGCAUUAUCUAUGUGGGCAUUAUCAGUGAGUUGUUAACAGUUAUAACACAUUAUAAUACCUGACCUUGUAAGUCAUGAUAAAAUGCUUUAUAAUGUGUUAUGAUUAUUGCUGUAAAGCAUUAUGAUCAUUUAUAACUAUAGUUAUACAGUGUUAUAACAUGAUUAUAAAGCAUUAUACAUACAUUUAUACUGCUUUAUAGAGAUAGGCGUCAAGUAAAGUGUUACCCUUGAGUUUUGUAAACUUUUUUAAAUUCAUUUGAAUUGAAUGUGGUUGAUACAGGCAAAACGAUUGAAAUGACUUUUGUGUUUUACUCAAUAGAAAGUCUGUCUUUGCAUGAUGAGCAGUAAGUGUAACCGUAGAUAUGACCUCCUGUCUGGAUUUCUCUAUGACCUCUAACCUAUCCUCUUCGGUUUCCAGCGAUUGACCGGUCGAUAACGUCCAGUCUGUCUGAUGCCCGGGACGCCCUGGUGAACGCUGUGGUGGAUUUGGUCAGCGCCUACAAGAGCAACGUCUCAAACCUGCUGCAGUCCGGCCUGGUCGUCCCCGCUGCUAUGCGCCUCUUUCCCGUUUUCAUCCUCGCUCUGCUGAAACAGGUGUGGCUCAGCGCGUGACACACACUCCCAGGAACACUCAUUAAUCCACUCCCACAGCAGUCUUACACAUCCUUAGACUCCUUCAACUCCUUUUACACCGACUCUACCCUCCCCUCCCGCUCUUUGUAUUCUCAAAGACUGUAUUCAUCCACCCAGGACUCGUUUAUUCAUUCAUUCAUUCAUUCAUCCAGGGUGUGUCCACCUCUGAACACAGUCUCGUGCCUGCACAUAUUCUAGGAAAUAUAACGCCUUAGGUCCGGUCACGUCGGGGCACACCUCUAACACUGAAACUCAGUUCAAGUUUUAUCCCAAACAAAGAGGGUUACAGUUCAAGCUGAUCGUUGUUUGAGUUCAACUUCCUCUGAUGUUACUUAAGGAUAUUUUAACAGGCUGAAAUCAUCCUUAGGAUAAUAUUUUCUCUGGUGAUCAGAGACUCUAAAUGAGAUUUAAUCUUAACCUCAUGAUUGUCUACUGUGGAGCGUCUCAGUUGAUAUAUCGCUAUAAGGUUACAAACUGAAAUGGAAAAACCAGAAUCAAUAAAGUCAGAGUCACUCACAAACCCGUGUCGUAUAUUUCCUUUCAGAAAGCGCUGCGGACAGGCACCAGCACACGCCUGGACGAGCGCGUCUUCGCCAUGUGUGAGUUCAAGACGCAGCCGCUCCAGCAGCUGAUGAGGAUGGUUCACCCCGACCUGUACCGGCUGGACAACAUGUCUGACCAGGUAUGACAAAACCAGGUCAGAGCGAACGUUUAGAGUUCAGACAGAGGAGUGAGAGUAAAAUAAAAACACGGUGCUUCUUUAUAUUGUAGUGAUUUUAGUAUUUACAUGCAGCUACCAAACAUGACAUGAAUGAAUACACUUCUCUGUGUCUCUCACUUCUUCAGGGGGCUCUUCAUCUAAAUGACACCGUCGUCCCUCAGCCCCACCUGCUCCACCUGUCCGCUGAGAGAGUGAGCAGAGACGGGGCUUUCCUCAUGGACUGCGGCACCGUAAGCUUUCUCUGUUAUCUUAGUCAGCACACUCAGAGUGUUACAGGGUGAAAGUUUACUCCUCCUGAUUUGUGUUUAAAGUUCAUCUCGUUUGCCUUCAUAAUCGUAGGUGAUCAGAAACCUUUGAGUCGAUUUCAGGUCUGUGAGAAGUCUUCAUAAACAACACAGUCCGAACCUUUUAUGGUACUUUAUUUGGUCAGUAUGGGAUCAGUAUCACCUGUGAAUAACUCCCUUAUGUCAGUGUGUGGUCAAAGUUUGUAAUUUACUAGAAUAAACUGACAUUUCUGACUCUCUUUAAGAUGAUUUCCACACAGCAAAAAGAAGUUGAUGUCAAACAGUUUUUCCAAGAUAUCAAACCCCUCACCUCCCCUGCUGAUUGAUAUUAAUACUGUUAAUGCUAAAAAGGUUUUUACCCCACUUAGAAAGAUCGAUUUAUUGACCACAUGCUGCAGAGGAUUUUCUCCACCUCAUCUGGAUCUUUGGUUGGAUUUAAGUUCGCUGUUUCUGCACACAGGUCUUCAUGUUACAAUCUUCAGGGUUUCUACUAGGUAUUAAAAUAUCUAAAAUUCUGUGAAAACCUCAUAAAAUGUCUUAAAUACAAAUUUAAAAGGUCUUAAAAAUUCAUCUAUGUUACUGAUUUGGAGUUAGUGUAAAAUGUUUAGAUUUCCCUUCAUGUCUUUUGUACAUUUUCACCAGUAUGGAUGUAAAAUGGAUCUUAAAUUUUAUUCAUUAUGGUCUUAAAAAAGUCUUAAAAAGUCUUAAAUUUGACUCGCUGAAACCUGCAGAAACCCAGAGUCUUAUGAUGCGGCUGAUUUUGCACCUAAAAUGCUGCAUCAAACGCUCUAAACCUCCAAGACCAAAGAAAGGCAGAAUGAGACUCUCCCUCCUGCCCCACGGUGCUCACAUGCAAAUUUGUGUUAAUUUUAAUGUUAUAAAAGGAUCUCUAUGAAGUGAUUCACCUUUUAAGUGAAACUGUUCAAAGUUCAGACAUGAUCGAUUUGCACAGAAUUAAAUCACAGACGUCCUCCACAGUUUUUACAGAUACUUCUGCUGUACACACAGGCUGUAAGAUACCAGUCUGAUAAUAAUCUGCUCUUUAUUUUUGUGUUCCACUGUGUUUUUGUCCGUACAGGUGUUUUACCUGUGGGUCGGCAAAUGCUGCAAUGAGAUGUUCAUCCGAGACGUUCUGGGCUACCCCAACUACGCCUCGAUCCCCCCCAACAUGGUCAGUAAGAGGAGCUCUGAAACCGAACCUAAUGAAAUCAGCUGAGUCAAAUGUCCAUCGUUUAAGAGAAACAGAUGAGAGUUAAAACAACAAGAGGUUUCAUCUACAUAUAAGAAAAUAACAGAGAGUAAAUGUGGUUAUGGAAAUGCUGGGUUUGUUUUUCCAUUAUUGCAUAAAUACCACCACCCAGUCGGCUCAUGAAUGAUGCAACGCAGAAAAUGAGUCACAGAUUUAAUAAAAAGACUUCUGCUUUUUUCUCUCACUCAUACAGCAGAACCGAUUCUGCUGGUCUAGCUUUUCUGCAUUUUUAACAACCUGUGCUGUUACCUAGAAAGCUCUGUCAUGACCACAGCGCGGGCGUGAGGGUGACACCCAGAACAAACAGCAGCCGUCAGCGCUUGUUUAUACUGCUUAUUGUAUUUUUCUAGAAAGGGGUUGAUGUAACCCAGAGCCACCUCUGAAGCCGACACUCCUAACCACACAGGCAUAUUUCUGUUCACCACAUUGUGUAGGCGAGAUGUGGAUCUGCAUUAUCUGAAGCACACGGUGGUGAAAAACAAUGAUGUUGAUGUUUGUCUUCCUCUCUAUGAAUCCCAGAGUCACAUUCCUGAGCUGGAGACGACUCUGUCGGAGAGAGUGCGAGCGCUCCUCGACUGGCUGCAGGACAACAGAGCCUUCUGCUCCACGAUACACGUCGUCAAGUAAGCACAGCAACACAUCUGGAUACACAUCUGACUUUUACUAACACUCUCAGGCUCCAGACAUCUCCUGAAAUCCACAUGCAGAGAGCGUCUGUCUUUUCUCAUCUUAAAGUCCGAUCACAUGUUUUAAUGGUGGCCUGAUAUCACCUGCAACAACACGAGUUUCACUUCCUCAGACGUCAAAUAUAGGAAUUAAAUCAGACUUUAUCAUCUUCUGCUGCUGUCACCCCUCGGUGGGAUCUGUAGAGGGUAUCUCUUCUGUAAAAGGCCGAGAUGAGAAAACAUGACAAACUUCUAGGUUGGUGUUUAUUUUCGUGUCUUUCCCCGGUGCUCAGAAAGCCACACAAUACCCGGUUUGUUCUUCACACAACCCAAAAAAGCUGUAAAAACAAGCUGACUGUCAAGUGAUGCUGCCAAGUUACCAAAAUAUGGAUCGUAAAAAUACGCUGUAUGUAUUUUCAUUCGCUGAAAGUGUUCGGAAAAACAGCGAAAAGUCACAGAUUACAGCCUUUGGAGUCAAAGGUCAAAGACAGCUGUGGUCGUUCCUCUGAGGCAGGAAGGUUUCAGGCUAAUAUGACAAUAUUAAAAAAAAUGGAUUCAAUGUUCAAGUCCGAGUUACUCAGAGCACUCUUGUUACACAUUUGUAGCCUUGUGUUGUCAAGCUCAGAUACACCAGACCAAUCAUAGUCCGUUAUUUAGAAGUGGGACCAGUAAAAAGAGAAGACAGGACCAGUACUCAGCUGUUCCCUAAACCACCACACAGCAUCUCCUGCUGCUUGGAGGUCCAUUAAACUGAUUUAAUCUAACAACUACACUUACAGUAUAAUUAUCAGUAUUUGAGAUUUGGGUGAUGGUUGGAGGACCUGAGGAGCUUUACCAUGUCUCCCUUUUUGCUAAUUAAAAUGGGGGGGUCCGAUUACCGAUUUAAAUUUUGUAUUUAGUAAAAAAAAUAUCUACAGUAUACUAUAUACUGUUGAUAUACUGUAGGCUACUGCUGCUCUUCAUGCCGACAGGACGACCGACUGAUCAAACUUGGACCAGAAAAUCGAAGAUCGGUUCCUCUGAAUCUUAACUCACUUUACUUAUUUCUGGUCAGGUCGCUGCGCCAUCUACUGGAUAAGUCGGGGAACUUUUCAAAUGGUGGAACAUUUUCGAAUGGAUCAGAAUCUUCCGAUCGACAUGUUAACAUGAUGCACUUUUAUUCCAACUAUUUGUGCGCAUGUAAACAUGGCUAGUGUCAGUAAUGAGAUGUGGGCGGAUCCACUGCCCACAAUCAAUUCGCUGAGACUCACUACCGCCCUCUACUGGUCACUCAUGGCCUUAAAUUGAGGAGUCUGCUCUACCAAACCAACACCCCACCCUGUCUUUUUACUUAACAGUCUACCACCGUUUUUCCAAACAUCGUCGUCCCCCUCAUUAAAAACAGAAACAGGGUGUGACAGGUUUCAGAGUAGAGAGGAAUCUGAGGUUGACUGAAAAACAUUCCCACUGUAAACACGUAGUAAGCAGUGAGGUCACUGAUUGACAGCGGUGGCACAGACUUCCACAGGGAGCUCAUUGUUUCGGCUUCCUGUCUUUCCUCCUCUGUGGAGCGGCAUUGUUACUCAAGCGCAUGUUUACAUCAGUGUUGCGGCAGAGGACAGCUGAUGUCAGGGCUCAUAGACUGAGAGGCAGCUCAGUGGAUGUUUUGAAUCACUCUGACGGACGAUAACAUAUGUGAAAAACCGGAGGAGGUUUUAUUCCAGAAGUUUGACUCACCGCUUUUCUUAGAUUUUCAAUAUGAGUCAUUUUUAAGUCAGUGAGAGUCUUUAGUUUUGAAUUAGACGGAAAUACCAGACAUUUUACAUCUUUACAUCAUCAAGGAAUUUAAGGUUUUUUCUGAUACAAUCAAUGACUUAAAAAAAUGAGAUUUCUAGUGUAAAUUCAUAGUUUAACAAGAAAAGUGAGAAAUUAUAAGAAUAGUUUCAAAAUAUUACCCCAAAAAAAGUCCAUUAACUAAAAAACAAAACUAAUUUUACAAGAAUAAAGUUUGUGGGAAAAAGGUAAAUAUCUUUGAGACCUGUGAGAGGAAAAAUAAGUUGUAAGAAGAACUAGAAAAGUUGUAAAUUUGUGAUUUUACGAGAAUCAAGUCUUUAAAAUAAUGUCUCAAAGUACAGAGAAAAAGAGGAGCACAUUUAGGAGAAGUAAAACAAAGAUUUCCUGAGAAUUAAGUUGUGAAUUCGUCAUGAAACUGAUAUUUUAAGAAGAGGAAGUUGUAUUUAAAAGUCAUGAUUCAUCUUAAUGUAAAAUAAUAUAUGUGAGGAUUUCAAAAGAGCAGCCAGCGCUAAAAUCUGGUGAAGUUAUACUCAUCAGCUGAGGACAAAGAGAGACCAGAAAUAUGAUUAUUUUAACAUAAAUGAACAAAUUAAAUCUCAAAAUCUUUUUUUUUUCUUUCUGUUAUCUUGUACUUUUUGUAAUACUUCCUGUUUGGACCGUCGUGGUAAAAACUAAACGGACUUAAAGUACAUUUUAAGAAGAUUUAACACCAUUUUAGCACCACCAUAGCACUGAUUUUAAAGGAGCAGCUUCCCUCUUCUUGUUGUUGUGAUAAUAGAAACGGUCCCUCACUCUCAUGUCUCUGUUUCUUCUCUGUCCUCCUGCAGGGACGACACGUCAGCCAAGGCCACCUUCUUUCAGCACAUGGUGGAGGAUCGAUCAGAGUCGGCUUCGUCCUACCACGAGUUCCUGCAGCACGUUCAGCAGCAAAUGUCCAAGUAGGCUCUUAUCGCGCAGAGACAAACUCUGAGUCUUCGAAACCAGAGCGAGAAAAAGGAUUUCAGUCUCGUAGAGUCAAACUAGCGUUAGUGGAUGAACAGAGAAAUCCUUUCAGUCUGUUUUUAACGGGGAGAGUUUCCUCCUCGCCGAGACAGAUCCACCGUGAAAGCUCAUCGCUCAGACGGGAUUAAGGCAUGAGAACGGGAUGAUUUAGAGAAGAAUAAUGAAUUAUAGAAAGAAGAACUAAAUGAAGAAUGAAGGAUUUUUUCCCCCACAUUGAAACAGUAAUUGUAAACGCUCCUCGGCCUCUCGUUACAUCAUCGCUUCUGAGAAAACAAGAAGAGGAAAGUCGAGCCAAGAAGAUGCCACUUUGACACGUUUUACUUUGAUUCUUUUGUGAGCCUCACAUGUAGCUAGUGCUGUCCUUUUUUUAUUCCUAUUAUCGUUCUUUUCUAAUUUAUUCCCCUCGUUCUGCUCCUGCUGAAUUGAUUCAAGACUCUCUGAAUACACUGGAGAACAGAAACAAGCAUUCCUCCUCCUGUUGUUUUUUUGGCAUGUGCUUUGAAGUACGAGUCGCAUGUCACUGUUUAGUUCGCUGCUAGUCUGAGGGUAGACGACAACCACGAGUCUGUGUCUGUAUCGGGAGCAAACUGUCAGCGGUGUGUGGAUGUUCAAACUCCUCGUGUCGGCUCCCUCUCUCCUCCUCCUCCUCCUCCUCCUCUGUCAUGUCUGAUCAUGAUUUCUUGAAUCCUCUCUGCUCCCAAACUCUCAGAAAUCUUGUCAUUUGUUUUACUUUUUCCAGGCGCUAACUGAAGUUGCUAUCCACUUUGUAACUACUGAAAAGAAUCUUUUAUGUGCGAUAAUUUAUGAACCAGCUUAUUAAAUAAAAAACAAAAACAGA